UCGGAAUAUGGGCAACACGUGCUUUCUAAAUGCAAUUCUUCAAUGCAUGACUCAUACUGUCCCACUAUUUCAGAAAAUUCGUUGCACUGACCACUCCAGUCCAUGCUCAUGUAUGUAUUGUUUCUCCUAACGGCAUGAUUUCUCCUAAUGGCUUUGCUUUGCAUGAUAUGUUCUACUCUUACCAUGUAGAUGAUGAAAUUGGGUUCUGUUCUUUAUGCGCCCUAAAAGCACAAAUGGAAGAAUCAAUUCAAAGCCCUGGGUCUGUUUUAGUGCCAGCAAGGUUCAAAAAUAAUUUAAGCAAAUUAUCUCCAGCUUUUAUACCAGGACAACAAGAGGAUGCACAUGAGUUAUUAAGUUGCUUGCUGGAAAAUUUGUAUAAGUGUACCCUUGAUGCCAAAUCAAUUGAUGGGGAAAGUAUUGUCGAGCAGGUGUUUGGAGGUAGACUGAAAAGCCUGUUGACAUGCCAUGAUUGCGGUCACUGUUCAGAGACAUUUGAGCCCUUUCUUGAUAUCAGCUUGGAGAUCGAUCAGGUUCAUGACCUUGUUGCUGCAUUGGAGUCUUUUACUAAGGUGGAACAAUUAGGUGAUGCUGAGAACAAGCUAAAAUGUGAAAGUUGUAAUGGCCAAGUGUGUAAGGACAAACAGCUUGUGCUUGAUACAACACCAGAUGUGGUAGCAUUUCAACUAAAGCGCUUCACAGUUACCCUUGAUGGUUACAUUGAGAAAAUUGACAAACAUGUGGCAUACCCAUCACAACUUGAUUUGCAGCUAUUCCACACUAACCCAAACAAAGAGGUUGAUUCAAUUACUGAGACAAGUGCACUAAACCAAGAAGCAUAUCUACUCUUCUAUAUUAGGCAGGGCAUGUUUCCAUGGUUCUCAAGUUUGUUACAGGAAGCUAAUAGUGGUGUCCCUAGUGCUACCAAGAGGAUGUACCCUGUUAAUGACCAUAAUGUGUUUGCCUUUGAGAACUUGGUGACUGAACAUCAAACGAAUAUGAAGAAGCAAAAGGGUGCAUAUUUGUCUACAUCUUCCGAAAGCUCUUCCCUGGAUCAGAAUGCAUCACGGCUACCGACGGGCAUGACGUCUGUAAAAAGAAAAUGUGGUCUCAAAAGAUUAGAUUCACCAAAUGUGGUGCUUUGUUGAAACAAAGGCUGCAUCACGGUUCAUAGACAGACUACUAGACCUUGUACUCUUAUUAGAUAGACUACAGAGAAGCAUUGAUGUUUGAGGACAGCAUACUAUGAUUGGCUAUUUACAGUAGCACGGUAGGAUGGUGUUAGCACUAGAUUUCAGUUUCCCACCGCACCAUGUCCUCCGAGCCCAUUAACCUGCCGUUGGUACUCAGGCUGUAC